GCCUUAGCACUACUACUACCACAACCAUAACAACCACCACCACACCAUUAGGUACAGUACAGACAAUACUGGCUGGCGGUCUCGCCUCCAUUUAUCCCUCCAAUUCUCCUCCCCACUUCUCUUUCUCUUUCUCUCUCCCCCUCCCCUCUGUCUCCCUCUCUCCACCCUCCCUUCCUUUCCCAAAUAAAACUAGAGUCAUUCCUCUAGCACUUUGUUUGUUUCUCUCUCACCUUUCAUAAAUCCUUUCCCAAACUCACCACCCUUUCAUCCGAUAAUUUCCUACUUAUACCCAAGCCCUCCGUUAAGGCUUCACAACCGCCGUUCCAUACCACCAUGUCGGUCGUCUCUCUCCUCGGAGUCAAGAUUGUCAACAAUCCCGCCCCCUUCACAGCGCCCUACCAAUUCGAGAUCACCUUUGAAUGUCUUGAACAACUUCAAAAAGAUCUGGAGUGGAAGCUCACCUACGUCGGUUCUGCCACCUCCUCCGAAUAUGACCAAGAACUCGACUCCCUACUCGUGGGCCCCAUCCCCGUGGGCGUCAACAAGUUCAUCUUCGAAGCCGACCCGCCAGACCUCAAGCGCAUCCCCACCUCAGAGAUCCUGGGCGUCACCGUCAUCCUCCUCACCUGCAGCUACGAUGGCCGGGAGUUCGUCCGGGUGGGAUACUACGUGAACAACGAGUACGAUUCGGAGGAGCUCACCGCGGACCCGCCUGCCAAGCCCAUCAUCGAGCGCAUCCGUCGCAACAUCCUGGCGGAAAAGCCCCGUGUCACUCGAUUUGCGAUCAAGUGGGACUCGGAGGAAUCCGCCCCCGCCGAAUACCCCCCCGACCAGCCGGAUGCCGACCUCGUCGACGAUAGCAACACCUACGGAGCGGAGGAGGCCGAGCUGGAGGCCGCCCUCGUCAAGGAGCUCGAGGAGGCGGAGCGCACGGAUCCCUCUCGCGGCGAGGACCAGGAUAUGGAAGGUGGGGAGGCCACCGCCGGGGACGAGGAGGACAUCUCCGACGCGGAGAGUGAAGACAUCGAGGACGAGAGCGACGAUGACGACGAGGAGCUCGACGAGGAAGAGGGCGGCGACGGCGACGAGGACAUCGAGAUGGGCGAUGACUCGGAACCCAAAGACGAGGCGGCCGGCGGCGCCAGCAACAACCCCACCACCCACCAUCAGCCGGAACUGAUGGUUCACUAAAUUCAUUUCCUGUUGCUUUGAACCAUUCUGACCGAACUGUGUGUGAGUGCGUGUGGGCUUGGGCGUGAGAGUCGUUGGUAUAUUCUGUUUUUAUUUCCAACUUGGUAUUCUUCGAAAUGAUUUUACGACUGGGUUUGCGACAUGCUUCGUCUUCUUCUUCUUCUUCUUCUUUCAUGAUACAUUCUAUCCUAUCAUAUUCCCUUCCAAACCAAAGAAGGUUCCGCAGUAUCUAUUGACAUAAGAAGAACCAAAUCAUAAUUUGACCUUCCGGACAAUUUAUACUUCCUCAAGAACUCCCUUUCAAUCACCUCUGAACCCAGCCCUUCCAGACCCCAAAAAAUCCGAAUGCAAUUCAACCCUGUACUGACUGUACAUUCCUUCCACCGGAAAUAAAACAAAACCCGCUUCAACAGAAAAGCAAGGAGAAGAUCAACGGGGGCUACGUACUGUACCCGUGGCAACUCCUCGACCCCUGACAUCGG